AUGAUACAAUUCCAGUCAACUAUAUCGUACCUCAAGAACCCGCCUAAGGGGUGGCCGCAUGAGAAAGUAGACUUGCUGGCCGGUCUGGACGACAUUGGCAACAAAGUGAAGAGCUACCAAAAUGAGUACGACUUUGAAGCCGAUAUUGCGAGCCUGCUGGCCAAAGCCCACGAUGGCCAUCUAGCUUUCAACGGGAUGGCAUACGCAGGCGCCUUCCGAUGGCGGAGAAGCGGCCAGAUUGCACUUGUUUCCGCAUCACAAGAUGGAAAAGAGAUACCAAAGGUUUGGGCACUCGGCGACUUCAACAGGACCAACCCAAAAUUCCAGCCGUCUUCGGUGACUCGAAUCAACGACCAAGAGAUUGGCCAAUUUCUGGUGGAAGCAACGAAGACAAACGCAUAUCACGAUCCGGACACGCAAUACAACAACCAGUUCUUCCUGCAGCCGGCUGACAGCUUUGGGUCGUUUAUCAACCCCCGAUUCUAUCCGGGACCUAGCACGAGCAUAACGUAUGAGAACGGAACUACGAGGAACUAUACGAACUUGGCGGUUGUGACGGAUCCUGAGACAUGGAGGAACGUCUCCAAUGGCACCGCGUUCUAUGAGAACUUCGUGUCAGUGGAAUCGCAGGAGUUGAGUAAGCGCGACGUGAACACUGUACCAUACCAUCUCGAAAACCCACGCGAGUCCGACCUACUGGGUGCGGAUGCAGUUUCUCGGAGCACGCUUCCAUUGUCCUAUCCAGAUCCAUCCGUCUCAUCGAAGAGAUCAGAUGUCAUGAUUGCGGGCUACUUUAUCAACACUGCACAAGGCCAGGUCGGCGUGUUGGCCGUACAGGAUUACAUUUCCGACGAAGAAGGCAAUCCCAAAGAUUUCCAGCGUGUGGUUGAGGACUUCAUAUCCGAGGCGAAGUCGCGCAAAGCCAAGGUCAUUAUAGAUACACGAACGAAUGGCGGAGGAAGGGUCAUGUCUGGAUACGACAUGUACCUUCAAUUUUUCCCAUCUCAAAAGCCCCAGACUCAGUCUCGAUGGCGAGGGCAUCGAGCCAGUGAGUUAUUCGGGAAUAGGAUAUCAUCACUUCUCACGAUCAGCUCGGUUAACGCUGGCUUGUUCAUUUCGCCCUUCAGCAACGAUGCAUGGCUAAAUUCGGAGCUUGAAGAUGUGCCCGACUGGAACGCCUUGUACCCUCCAAACAGGUUCAACGACGACAACUUCACCACGCUGCUGAAGUACAACCUUUCAGAUCCUCUGCAGACGUCCGACACGCAAGGCAUAGUUGUAACUGGUUAUGGCAGUAGGGCCAAUUUCAAGGACGAUCCCUUCCGCGCUGAGGACAUCGUCAUCCUAACCGAUGGCAUCUGCGCCAGCACAUGCUCCAUCUUCCUCGAACUCAUGGUACAGCAAUCCGGUGUCCGCACUAUUGCUGUUGGUGGUCGCCCACAGCUCGGUCCUAUGGCUGCCGUCGGAGGAACAAAAGGCACACUUGUCAUUGAUGCGUUUCAACUCCAAGACUUCUCCAGAGUAGUCAUGAUAAACUACGCCCAGAGCACACAGGAAGUAGCUGAUUGGGCCGAGUUCCUGCCGACCGCAUUCGGUAUCGCAGCGCAGUCUGCGGGCAUCAACUUCCAGGAUAACAUCCGCGCUGGACUGGAGAAAGAUGGCAUCCCAACGCAGUUCUUGAAUGACACUGCGAGCUGUCGGAUCUGGUACGAGCCUCAGAUGUAUCUCAAUGUGACGCAACUGUGGGAGAAGACUGCAGCGGUGGCGUUUGGCAACAAUGGUGGUUUGGAUGAGGGUCAAUGUGUCACCGGAAGUGUGACGAGUAGAGAACAACAGACUGGGAGAGGCGAAGGCAACCCAACGGGUGAUGGCAACACAAAUGGAGGUGACAAGGAAGAUGCUGGCGCUGGAUUGAGGCCGACAUUGUCAGCCGUGUUGGCUGGUGGGGUUGUUGUUCUAGUCAGUCUUGUGAUCGUGUAG